GGCUAGUCGGUUUCUUUCAGCGUUAGCCUCGCAGGCUAGCAUGAAUGUCGGGUUGGAAAGUGUAACGCCGCAAAGACAUGACUGAAGAAGACCGUCCUACAAGGCCUGAGCUGAUUUGUCAGCCUUGCGUAGGUUUGAUUAUCACUCUCCAAGUGUCCUGUGGCUAUCAGCUGACCAUGGUGGUCUGAGCAGAAGAAACGCAGGAGGAAGCACAGCAAGGAUUGACCGAGAAAGGAGCAAAGAGACAGAUCAAAGCCGAGAGAGAGAGAGAAGGAUAUUUAAGGACAAAAUGUCUCAAAACAAAGAACUAGUGCUUUUCUAUAUUAGGUAUAAACUGUCACAGAGAAACUAUCCACUCAUCCACAUACUCGGUGAUCCUCCGAACAGGACUGGUGGGGACGCAGGGUUGGGGGACGCAGAGAGGACAGAGACACACGCCAACGGGACUUUUAAUGGGACAAGUCCUGGGACACCGCCAGCGUCUCCGCUGCGGCAGCAACCGUUGCCGAUGGCGGCGAACAUGGACAAAGUGAAAGAAGCGCUACGGGACACGGCCAACGAGUUCGAGCUGCGGUACGCCCGCGCGUUCAGCGACCUUCACAGCCAGCUGCACAUCACACCCGCCACCGCCUACCAAAGCUUUGAGAAUGUGAUGGACGAGGUGUUCCGGGACGGCGUCAACUGGGGCCGCAUCGUGGGUCUGUUUGCGUUUGGUGGAGCGCUGUGUGUCGAGUGCGUCGAGAAGGAGAUGAGUCCCCUGGUGGGCAGGAUUGUGGAGUGGAUGACCGUGUACCUGGACAACCACAUUCAGCCUUGGAUUCAGAGUCAAGGGGGAUGGGAGCGCUUUGCUGAAAUCUUCGGCGACAACGCAGCGGCUGAAAGCAGACUCGCUCAGGAGGGCUUCAAGAAGUGGCUGCUGGUGGGGAUGACGGUGGUGACGGCGGUCGUGGCGGGCUCGCUCUUCGCCCAGAAGCGCCUGUGAGACGAUGGCCGCCCUCGCUCUUUCCUCCCACCGUUCCGCUCCAUCCGCCUCUUUCUGUUCCAACGAAGGUCCCG